CAGAAGAAAAUGCUACCUCCUGUUAAUUACACUUACAGAGAGAUCAAAAUCGGAACUGAGAGAAGUCCAAGUUAUGAAGACAUGUCUUCAAAGAGGCUGCAUAGAUUUCAAACUGAAAUUAAACAGACACCAACACAAAGAAUUUUAUCCAAUAACCAAAGGAAUCUAAGUGGGCUUAGAGUUCAGCAGAGUAUAAAUGCUGAAUAUACUCAUGCUCUUGAUUCAGAUUAUCAUCUUCCUAAAGAAGAUGACCUUUAUGUCUGAGUUGAUUCAGACGUGACUAAACCAAUGAAUUCUGUCAGAAAGUCUCACUUCCCUAAAAUUGAGAAACCAAGGUUUGGUGAUGCUUCAGAAAUGCUAUCAAUUAGCGAUCGGAGACAUAAAGGUAACCGCUCAGUUCAGAAAACUAACAAAAAGAUCAAACUUCCUACAAAAUUCUCUAAUUUUUCUGUUUUGGCAAAAAAGAACUCUCAUAAGCAUCCCAGCCUCGAGGCGGCAAGGGAGCGGAAGAAUAAAAGUGUAUGCCAUUUAAUGGAGCAAUUAAAGAAAGGGCCAACUAUGAAGUCAAAUAUCAGUAAGAAUUCCUCCCAGUUUACUCCUGGGAGAAAUAUUCAGAGUAAGAAGACUGUACCUCUUAAUUCUCGGUUCAAUAUGAUCAAGAAUAACUCCACUGUGGAGCUUCCCCAAUCCUUAGCUUCUAAAAGAAUAUUUGAAAAAUCUGUAAUUUUCUCUGACAUCGAAGUUUAUUUGAGCAAGAUUCGAAAGCAUGGUGAAAUCCAGAUGAAAACCCAUGGUAUUUUUAAACUUCCUAUUGGGAAAAUUCAUGAGCCAGAAGGAGAUUUCGAAGCAUUUCCCAUUAGAUCUGUGUUAAAUCAAUGAAAUGAGAUUAUCCUAGAGCAACGCUAUCGUCAGAGACGACUUCAAAACCACCAAGUGAUCACCAUAGAGUUCUUGGAUAGUAAAAUCGAGAACUCUAUUGAGGAUGAAAAGAAGACUCCAUUCCACUAUAUCUAUACUACAUCUGGUGAAAGAGUGGCAAACUUUACAAGCCAUAGGCAUGAGAACUUAUUAUUAUUAGUCCAUGAGUCCAAACUCCAGCUUGCUAAAAAAUUGAGGAAAUAUACACAAGCAGAGCUUCAGAAGGACAAAAAACUUACAAUGCAUCCUAAGAAUUAUCGUAAAGAAAUGCAAAGAGUCAUGGCUGGCUUUUGCCAAGAAAAUUUACAUCAGUGGAAAGCCAAUAUGCAGAAGCUGAUCUCUAAAGAGAAUAUAGAGUAUAACUUGAAGAAAAAUGAGGAAAGCAAUAUUCAUAUUGGUAGCAAGGUGAUUAAGGCAGCUCCUUUGAAUAGCAGUCCAAAGGCUCUGGAGCAGGAUUACUCUCAAGAUAGUUUUGAAAAUAUCAGUUCUUCAGAUGAUCAACUUGAUCCAAGAGCAAGCUCUUUUGUAAACAAAGCAAGAAACAGUAAACUGAAGCAAAAGAAGAUAAACUCUCGAAAACAGUCAAUUCUGAAGCGAUCAUCACAAGGUUUGGUGAGUGCUCUAAAAUCUGGGAAUCUGUCUUCACAGAAAAUGGAAGCUCCGCAUGAUAAACCAUUUCAAAGCUCUUCAAAAGACUUAGUCCCAGAUCUAAACUACAAGCAAAUUAAGAAGAUCUCCAGGAGAUAUCAGAUCCCUGUGAACAGAGUAUAUGAACUCAUCACCCAAUAUAAUGGGCUAGUGAAGAUAAGCAGUGAUGAUCUUAAGUAUAAUCCUGAAGAUGGAACUAUCAACUCUGAGAGAUCAGAAGGCGAGGAAGCCAAAAGAGCACUUGGUAUAAAGCCAGAGACACUCACUAAAUGCACUAGACUUCUUGCAGAUAAGCACCAAGACAUUAUCCCAAAGAUAUUGAAAGGAGUUGGGGUCGACAUUGGUUCGAAAGACCCAAGAGUAGACCUUAGAUCUUUCCUUAAUUUGAACAGUAUCCUAGAUUUCGGAACUGCACAUAAGAGUGAGCUUAUCCAGUUCUGGACUCGUAUACUAGACCCAGAUAAUAUCAUGAACGUUGAGAAAGCUCAAAUUGUUGAUUUCUUCGAGAAGUUGUCCAAAGGGAGAUUUACUCAAGACGCUGACGAUGAAUUCAGCUACGCUAAUGAUGUCUGGAAGUUUUUUGAGCAAAAUAAAGUCCUUAGUGAAAACAGUGACAAGUUAGAUAUCCAUAAGCUUCGAGAUAGCCUUGAGAGAGGAGAAAUUGACAUUAAGAUUUUCGGAGAUAUCUUCAAAUCAGGGUUCAACCCAAGCCUUAAUAGGGAAAACGACUCUUGGUCAGAUUAACUAUUCAAUAAUGUUUA